GCACGGGACCAAUUGAGUGUGACUCCGGGGGAAUGUGAGCGCAAGCAGCAUCCUUUUCUCUGUUUCCGGGAAGCGGCUUUUCAAGAUCCAGAAAAAUGGCGACGUUGUCGGAGUGCCAGGCUCAGUUCGGAGGUUUCAGUUUCGACUAUUGUAAGAGGAAUGCCCUGCUGGAGGCGGAGAUAACCAAGCUGGGGUGCAGCGUUCCUGCAGCGAGGAAAACCGGAACCACGAUCUGUGGGGUGGUGUACAAGGAUGGCGUCAUUCUGGGGGCCGACACAAGGGCCACAGAGGGUAUGGUGGUGGCCGACAAGAACUGCUCCAAAAUCCACUACAUCUCCCCCAACAUUUACUGCUGCGGGGCGGGCACGGCCGCGGACACGGAGAUGACCACGCAGAUCAUCUCCUCCAACCUGGAGCUGCACUCGCUGUCCACCGGUCGGCUGCCGCGCGUGGCCACCGCCAACCGCAUGCUCAAGCAGAUGCUCUUCAGGUACCAGGGGUACAUCGGUGCGGCUCUGGUCCUGGGGGGCGUGGACUGCCUGGGCCCCCACCUCUACAGCAUCUACCCCCACGGCUCAACUGACAAGCUGCCCUAUGUCACCAUGGGCUCCGGGUCUCUUGCUGCCAUGGCAGUGUUUGAGGACAGAUACAAGCCGGACAUGGAGGAGGAAGAUGCUAAGCAGUUGGUGAGAGACGCCAUCGCGGCCGGUAUCUUUAAUGACCUGGGCUCUGGCAGCAACAUCGACCUGUGUGUGAUCACUAAGGGCAAGGUGGACUACCUGCGCCCCUUCGACGAGGCCAACAAGAAGGGAGUCAGAUUGACUGCGCUCGAACCUUCGGCUGAAGCCGGAAGCUACAGAUACAAGCAUGGCACCACGGGCGUCCUCACCAAAGCCGUCACCCACCUCCACCUGGAGCUGGUGGAGGAGACCAUUCAGACCAUGGACACGUCCUGAGUGUCCGGCCUGUCUCCCCUGGGCCCCCCCCCCCCACCUUCAACUCCACACCCCACCUCCACCCUCCAUUACCACCCUAGUCUCCACCCAAUCCCAUCCACCUGUUCCUUUGUGUCAGACCCUUCUCUUGGUUUACAAUAAAGACUUGUUUAAUGAAC